AGGUCGCAGCCGCUACCUAUUCUGUCUCAUCUUACCCACUGUCACUACUGCCAUCUUCUUUCCAUUCCUCAGCUUGAGGCCGGCUGUCUCAUGCGCCUCACCCUCAUUCUCAUCCACCUCACCACCACCUUCCUUUAGCCUCUCGUCUGCUCAGCUCCUUCCCUUGGACAAUCUUAGCGCAACCCUCGCUCAUUUCCAUCUUCUCCGUCUUCUCCUGCACUUCCCCAUAUCUCACAUCUCACCAUCCCUGUUCGCAAUCGCAAUCGACAUCCCGCUUCCUGCGCACCCUCUCCACAGAAUCACGAACGAAACCAUGAGGCUGUCACCUUGUCCUCAACCACACCCUUGAGCCAUCCUACAUCCUGACUCUUACUCUCACCCCGCCCUCACUUUUGACGUGGGCGUCGCCAUGGCUUGGCCAGUGUGUAACACCACCGAGGAGGACAUGAUCAUCAGCGAAGAUCCAAUAUGGCAUGAUUAUACCCUUCAUCAUCUCAGCCUAUGGCUGUCAGCAGCCUUUGCGCUUGUCGCCAUACUCGUCUCCUUCUUCCUCAUCUUCAUGCACGCCACCCACUAUCUCAGACCAUGGGAACAACGACACAUCAUUCGCAUUCUCUUCAUGGUCCCUGUAUACGCCGCCGUUUCCUUCCUCUCAUUCUAUUAUUACAACCACAGCGUCUACUUUGAAGUCAUCCGCGACUGCUACGAAGCAUUCGCCAUCGCCUCCUUCUUUUCCCUCCUUUGCGCCUACAUUGCCGCUGACCUACACCAACAAAAAGCAUACUUUCGAACGAUCACUCCCAAGAAGUGGAUCUGGCCCAUGAGAUAUUUCCAGAAAUGUACCGGAGGCGAACAAAAUGGAUGGUUGCGCACCCCGCGAAGUGGUUUGACCUGGUUCAACGUCAUCUGGGUCUCCAUUUUCCAGUAUUGCUUCAUUCGAGUCUUUUGUACGAUCGUCGCCGUUGUCACACAGGUAUUUGACCGAUACUGUCUUUCCUCCCUCAAUCCGGCCUUCUCCCAUGUCUGGCUCAUGGUCAUUGAAGCUGUCGCUGUCACCAUCGCCAUGUAUUGCCUCAUUCAGUUCUACAUCCAGCUCCGCCGAGACAUUGAACAGCACCGGCCCCUCCUCAAGGUUCUUGCCAUCAAACUCGUCAUCUUUCUUUCUUUCUGGCAGACCAUCCUCAUUUCAUUCCUCACCAGCUCCGGCGCCGUCAAACCAAACAACACUAUUCAAACCCCCGAUCUAAAAGUCGGUAUACCCGCCAUGCUGCUCUGCAUCGAAAUGGCCUUCUUCGCCAUCCUUCAUCUUUGGGCCUUUAGUUGGAAACCAUAUACCAUCGGCUCCAAAAGUUUUGUGUCUGAAAGCGCUUCAGGUGAAACCUCCUCCUCUCACUCAUACCAGGGUGGCUUUCUGGGGCUCAAAGCAAUAUUCGACUCAUUCAACCCCUGGGACAUGUUCAAGGCUACUGGACGAGCAACCAAGUGGUUAUGGCGGGAUCGGAAACAUCGACACAAAGACCCCAGUUACAAAAUGAACUCCUCAGGCAAAUUAGAUCCAACCACCGUGUUCGAUACCAACGCGCAGGGUACAUCGUCACUCAACCAUUCCGCCACUGCUUACACUGGCGCCAUUCCGGGCGCUCCAGCCCACUUUGCAGGCAGGAAUGAUGCGCUAGGAGGUGAAGGGGAUAAUCUCCUCGCACACAGUCAAGGUAUGCCUGUUUCACGGCCAGGGAUAUUGAGAAAUGGAAGUGACUGGAGUGAUGAAUCCCCAUACAACAAACAAUAUCAUGACCAGGACGAUAUCGGUCUUGCUCGAUCGUCGUACCACUAUCAAGGCUCCUCUCCACCCUCUCGCAUGCAGCAAUCACCCUAUGAAUUAUAUCAGCACACCCCAGGAGAACAAGAGAUUGGAGUUGCAUAUUCCACUCCAUACCCUGAAGCCCACCGACAUGAUUGGGCUUACAGCAACCGUCAAUCUCGUGACAGGCUGUCCAUGCCGCUGGCACCGUCUCCGUCUCACUCACCGACAAGACCUCCUCAACAGCGACAACCACAGCAGCCAAUACAAAGGGAUGAUGCAGAUAUGGGAGGUUUUAUUUAACCCUUGGAUCCUUGGAUCCCUCUCGGAACAUCAAUAGAGUUCCCCUGUAAGCUAGGCUUUAAUGACAAUGACAAUGACAUGAAAUGA